AGCAUUAUAGUUAUGCACUAAGGCUCCAUCAGCAGUAUAGACUACAUUCCACGAAUAUUGUUUACAAUUAAAGCAUGAUACAGUAUGUAGAUAUUGUAACCCAAACUUUAAAAUGUAUUGGAGGCCAUUUGUAUUUUUAAGAUUAUCCAACUAUCGAGAUUCUCGUAGCAUUGCGAGGUCUAAUUGACAUCAACGUGACUAAAUUUCUUGAACACAGUGAACACAAAUGAUAGUAGAUCCAAUAGAUCUUAAGAAAAUGAACGUAGUUUGGAUGACCUAGCUCACCCAAUUCAUGUUUUAUGAAUUUUCUAGGGGUGCUUUGAGGUUUUUUGAGUACCGUAAACUAUGUUCUGUGAUCAUUCAUUGUGUAUAAAAUUUGGUUUAGAAUGUUGGUGUUGCGACAACGGAACAGGAGCGCUGGGAACACUGCUCUCGGAGCAUAGCUCAUCCCUCGCUUUCCAGCUGGGCUCAUCGGUGACAGCUGCAUGCUGCCACACGAUAGACGUCAGAAGCAUAAACCGGAUACCAAUACUCGCUAGUUGUAAUACCAUUGUUUUGUAUAGAGUUGAUUAGAUCUUACUGUGUACCGAUUCAUACUAAUGUAUUCUUUUAAAGCGUAAAGUCGCGUGUUUCAUUAAAGUAAUUUUGUUCGCUUACGAACGCGUUUUUAUACGACUGAUAUGACCAACCGUAUCACGGCCACCUCCCACUAACGCGUCGUAACAGUGGCGACUCGGGUGCGCGAGUUUUUGUGUCGUUUUCGCGAGUUUUUGUGAAAAAUCCAAAAUCGCGCCUCCCACGCGGAAAAAGCGCAAGCUCUCAUCGUCUGCAGAGGACGAUUCCGAGAUGUCGAACGGAGAUGCCCAGCAAGCAGCACCGUUUACCACGGAUGCGCUCAUCCUUCAGGUGCUACAGCAGCUUCAGCAGACGCAGCUUGUGACGAACGAGCUCCUCCGUAACCAGCAGCAAUCCCACGAGCAGCAGCGCGUGUUCAUCCAGCAGCAGGAGAACACCCUCCGGAACAUCCAAGUCCAGGUUCCGGCUAACCCAGAAUCGAUUCUGGACUCGUUGGCAUCGAAUGUAAAAGAGUUCCGGUACGAUACCGAGAACAGCAUCACCUUUUCGUCCUGGUUCUCCCGGUACGAGGAGUUGUUCGCCAACGAUGCUGCGCGGCUUGACGACCAAGCUAAGGUUAGGUUGCUGAUGCGAAAGCUCGGCAUCGCAGAGCACGAGCGCUACUGCAGUUUCAUCCUGCCGAAGACAACGAAGGACUUCACCUUCGCAGAAACUGUAGCCAAGUUAAAAGGACUUUUCGGAGCAUCGGAAUCGCUGAUUAGCAAACGCUAUCGCUGCCUCCAGACCGCAAAAAGUUCCGCCGAAGAUUUCGUGACAUACACCUGCCGAAUCAACAAGACGUGCGUCGAAUUCGAGCUGGGAAAUCUUUCGGAGGAACAAUUUAAAGUGUUGAUCUUCGUUUGCGGUUUGACGUCGGAAGCGGAUGCCGAAAUACGGACGCGGUUGCUUGCGCGGAUUGAGGAGAAGAACGACGUUACUCUCGAACAGUUGUCCUCCGAGUGUCAGCGCCUGCUGAACCUUCGGCACGAUACCGCCAUGAUUGAAGCAUCCAGCAACACAGUGAAUGCCAUCAAACAGCGAUUCCGCAAGCAACCACGACCGUGGAAACAGCCGUCCAGUCCGUCGCCGUUGUCUUCGUCCAGCGAAAACAAGAAGAAAGUGCCACCUAGUCCCUGUUGGAAGUGCGGAUCGAUGCACUACGUGCGUGACUGUAGGUACAAAGACUAUCAGUGCUCAAUGUGUAAACAGUGUGGACACAAAGAAGGUUAUUGUGAUAGUGACAAAAAGACCCCUAAGAAGCGGGUGAAGAGACGAUUGCGAAAUGUCACAGUAGAGACAAAGACUGUUCAAGUGUCAGUGAAUAAUGUGCGAGGAAGAAGAAAAUUCGUUCCGGUGUUUCUGAACGGUGUCGCGGUUCGACUACAGUUCGACUCGGCGUCGGACAUCACCGUAGUGUCCAGCGAGACCUGGAAGCAGCUCGGACAGCCACCAACCAGACCUCCAUCAGUGAAUGCGAAGACUGCAUCGGGCGAUCCUCUGAACCUGCUGUCGGAGUUCGAUUGCUCGAUCACCGUAAACGAUGUAACGCAAGUGGCUACCAUCUACGUCGUUUCGCAGAAUCUGCACAUCUUGGGUCUGGAUUUGGUGGAGAAGUUCAAUCUGGAUACCGUGCCGAUGAACGUGUUCUGCCGCCAAGUGAACGAUUCCUCUACUCCUAUGGUCGAGCGGCUCAAGACCGCUUAUCCGCAAGUGUUCAGUGCCAGUCUUGGUCGGUGUACCAAAACAACAGUGAAGUUAGACCUCAAGCCAGACCAGCGACCAGUGUUUCGACCCAAGCGCCCCGUGGCAUACGCCAUGUAUCAAGCCGUCGAUGAGGAACUGGACCGUCUCGAGCGCUUGAAGAUCCUCACUCCCACCGACUACUCUGACUGGGCCGCACCCAUCGUGGUUGUGCGGAAGGCAAGCGGAGCAAUUAGGAUUUGCGGCGAUUACUCGACUGGUUUGAAUGACGCCCUCCAGCCGCACCAAUAUCCGUUGCCGUUACCGCAGGACAUUUUCGUCAAACUCGCCAACUGCAAGGUGUUCAGCAUUAUUGACAUGUCGGAGUCGUACCUCCAGGUCCCUGUCGAUGAUUCAACGAGUACGCUCCUCACUAUCAACACCCACCGGGGCCUGUAUAAAGUAAACCGUCUGGCACCCGGAGUGAAAGCUGCACCGGGAGCUUUUCAGCAACUUGUAGACACCAUGCUGGCGGGGCUUGAGCACACUUGCGGUUAUAUCGAUGACGUAAUCGUCGGAGGCAAAGAUGAGGAGGAACAUUGGCGGAACCUCAACGCGCUCUUCCAGCGCCUACAGGAGUUCGGGUUCACGGUUCGCCUGGAGAAGUGUUCGUUUGGGCGUGAACAAAUAAAGUACCUGGCACACAUGCUCGACCAGCACGGAAUUCGCCCCGAUCCAGCGAAAGUAGAGGCCAUCAAGCAGAUGCCGGCGCCCAAAGACGUGUCGGAAGUUCGGUCGUUUCUCGGAGCCGUAAACUUUUACGGGAAAUUCGUACCGCAAAUGCGUGCCCUGCGUAGCCCGCUGGAUGAUCUACUGAAAACCGGAGCAAAAUUCGACUGGACGCCCCACUGUCAGCGAGCUUUCGACGAGUUCAAAACCAUCCUUUCCUCGGACCUACUUUUGACCCACUACAACCCCGAUCUGGACAUAAUCGUGUCAGCCGAUGCAUUAUCAGUCGGCCUGGGAGCGACCAUCAGCCACCGCUUCCCGGAUGGGUCAAUAAAAGUCGUCCAACACGCCUCAAGAGCCUUGGCACCCGCCGAGCGCAACUACAGCCAAACGGAUAGGGAAGGAUUAGCCAUCAUCUACGCGGUAACCAAAUUCCACCGCAUGAUUUUCGGCCGCAAGUUUCUGCUCCAAACCGACCACCAGCCACUACUGCGCAUCUUCGGUAGCAAAAAGGGCAUCCCAGUGUACACCGCAAACCGGCUGCAACGCUGGGCCCUAACGCUAUUGUCCUAUGAUUUCACCAUGAAGUACGUGACCACCGAGAAGUUUGGCGAUGCCGAUAUCCUUUCUCGCCUUAUCAACCGCCAUGCGAAACCCGACGAAGACUUCGUAAUCGCAUCCGUCACAUUGGAGAGUGAUAUGAGGUCAGUAGUAUUUGAUACUUUUAACGUGUUUCCUUUGAGUUUUAACACAGUACAACAAAGCACCAAAUUGGAUCCGGUGCUCAAGAAGGUCUACCGGUACAUCCACGAUGGCUGGCCAAAAUCCUUGGCUAGCAACGCAGACCGAGAACUUCUUCGCUUCCACAAUUGCCGUGAAUCCCUGUCUACGGUGCAAGGCUGCAUCCUUUUCGGCGAGAGGGUUGUAAUUCCAGCCCCUCUGCGCAAGCGGUGCCUGGAAGUGCUUCACCGGGGCCACCCCGGAAUUCAGCGAAUGAAGGCACUUUCGCGCAGCUACGUCUAUUGGCCGUCGCUCGACAGUGAAGUCGCCGAUUACGUCAAGGCAUGCUCCCCAUGCGCCCUAACAGCGAAGUCACCCGCAGCAGCCCCACCUGUGCCGUGGCCCAAGCCCGUCCGUCCCUGGCAACGAGUGCAUAUAGACUACGCCGGCCCCGUCGACGGUGACUACUUCCUGCUCGCCGUGGAUUCCCAUUCGAAAUGGCCGGAGAUCAUCCGGACACGUCGUAUCACGGCGUCUGCAACGAUCAGCAUCCUCCGAAGCAUUUUCGCACGCCUGGGGAUGCCGGAAACGCUCGUGUCAGACAAUGGCACCCAGUUCACGAGUUCGGAGUUCGCCACGUUCUGCUCAACAAACGGAAUCGACCAUGUAACCACUGCACCGUUCCACCCACAAUCUAACGGGCAGGCCGAACGGUUCGUCGAUACCUUCAAGCGGGCGAUAAAGAAACUCGAAGAAGGGAGAGGUUCAUCCGAUGAAGCUUUGGAAACGUUCUUGUUGGCCUACCGAAGUACACCGAACCGAUCAGCACCCGAGGGUCUAUCGCCGUCGGAAAUCAUGUUCGGACGUCGUAUCCGUACAUGCCUCGAACUGCUACGCCCGCCAGCCGAACGUCCUCCACCGGUACCACCACCGGUCGACCCGAAGAAGCCCAGCAUGAGGUCGUUCAACGUCAAUGGCCUCGGCUACGUCAAGAUCUACGCCAAAAACGCCUGGAGCUGGAUUCCCGGCAAGAUUAUCGAGCAAGUAGGACAAGUCAUGUUCAACGUACUGACCGAGAAACGUCGCUUGGUUCGAUCCCAUCUGAACCAACUAAGGGGUCGAGUAUCAUCUGGCUUCGAUCAAGAUCCUGGCAUCAACAAACCGUCAGGACAGAAACAACUUCCGCUGAACGUCCUUCUUGAUGCGUGGAACGCGUCACCCCGUUCAAGCAGCGAAGCGACCGCCUUGACUUCGCAUUCAAGCGACACCAUUCGGAUUCCGUCGUUAUCACCACCUUGUCCGGCCGUGGAAUCGGACAUGUCGUCGUCGUCCUCAAGCACUACAUCUUAAAGCUUCGAGUCGGCUGCCGCUAGCACUCCGACCGUACAGCCCAGAAUACUUCGUCGAUCUUCCAGACCGAGAAGACCGCCAGCGAGGUUCAACCAGUACCAACGGUUCUGAAAAGGGGAGAUGUUGCGACAACGGAACAGGAGCGCUGGGAACACUGCUCUCGGAGCAUAGCUCAUCCCUCGCUUUCCAGCUGGGCUCAUCGGUGACAGCUGCAUGCUGCCACACGAUAGACGUCAGAAGCAUAAACCGGAUACCAAUACUCGCUAGUUGUCAUACCAUUGUUUUGUAUAGAGUUGAUUAGAUCUUACUGUGUACCGAUUCAUACUAAUGUAUUCUUUUAAAGCGUAAAGUCGCGUGUUUCAUUAAAGUAAUUUUGUUCGCUUACGAACGCGUUUUUAUACGACUGAUAUGACCAACCGUAUCACGGCCACCUCCCACUAACGCGUCGUAACAGUUGGAUUUGUGACAUUUGUGAACGCCGAAUCUGGAGUUCAUUUUCUUAAGGAACUUUGAAAUAGCUCUGCGGUGAAAACUUCAACAGACUAUGAUGAGUAGGGAUACAUUGCAUGUCAAGGAUCAGUCAAAACUAUUGAUGAUUAGCAAAACGAUGGAAUUUGAGCAAAAACAUGUAGAAUUUAUAAAAGAAUACAAAAAAGCCACGUAUUUUCGGCUACCAAAAACAGGGUGUCCAUCCAUCCGGGAAAACCGGGAAAACCCGGGAAUUCGAAACCACCGGAGAAAAUACGGGAAAAACACGGGAAAUUGUAAAAGGCACCGGGAAAAAUCUUUAUGGUGUCUAUCCGUACUUCAUAAGUGUCAAGCAAGUCUUGAAUAGAAUGAUAGCAACAUUCACAGAGUUGCCGGUUGAAUAUGUUUUUUAGAAAGGCAGCCUCUCAGGAAUUUUAUUAGUUUCUGUUGGAUCUUGAUAAAUUCAUGUAAAAGAAAUCAGAAUAUACUUCUUAGGCGAAAUUUUCAGAUUUCUGCAAGAUUUCACGAUGGACUUUUUGAGUCUUGUUAGGAAAAUCGGAAUUCCUGGCGAACUCAGUAAACCUGCAGAAGUUACUUACGGCGAAGAAAUUUUCAUGUUUGAAAAAAAAUGUGUCAGUUUCUGGAGGGAUUCUGGUGACAUUCUUAGUGGAACUCUUCAUAUAUUUCUGCCAGAUCCCUUAAAUUUGAUCCCUUUGGCAGAAGUCAAGGAGAAAAUAAUUGAAAAACAGUGAUAUUGUGCCUAUCCGCUUCUGUACAGAAUUUUGGAGGAGCUUUAGGUAAAAUUCAAAUAAAAUUCUGAAGAGUAAGUACAACACUGUAAAUUACAGCGAAUUUUCAAAAAAAAAACUGCUCAUGAAAGACUCUCUGAUGGGAUCCCAUAAGAAAUUUCCUACACAUUUCCUUAGGAUGGUAGUAGAAUCCACAGAAGAAUCUUCUAUGGAAUCUGUGAAGAAAUGGUUCCAAAUGUUACUUCCUGGAAGCAUCACUCGGAUCCCCGGAAGAGUAUACAAUAGAAUCCCUGAUAUGUUUACGGCAAUAUUAGCCAAACGAAGCAUUUUAAAAGAAGUUGUAGGUACAACUUUCAUGAUUUUUUUUUGGCAGAACCCAUGGAGUACUUCCUAAAGGAAUAAAUGUUGAAUGUCCUCAAGAUAUUAUUUAAUAUUGGAGAAGAACUCAAACGUUUUACUUCAAAAUUCGGAGAAAAUCUGUGUCAAAAGACUUUGGAUUCAGCAAGUAAAUUGUUUAAAAUGACGAUGAAAGCAGAACAAAAAGUUAGAUGGAGAUUUUCUCAAAAUGUAGCAAAUAAUUGAUAGGGUGGGGCGGGGCAAGAUGGGUCGAAUAAGGAUGGAUCACCAUAACUUUGUAAAUACAAAUCGUAUUGGUUUGCAUUCGUCCGCUACUCUUUAAUACACUAGUUAGCUAUGCAAAAAGUCGAUAAAAAGUUCAUUAAAUACAAAAUAUGAUGUUAAACGAGCAGUUUUAAAAAGUGACCCAUCUUGCCCCGCGGCCGUUUAUAUGGAGAUUAUAUGGAAUGUAUCGCAUAAGAAAAAUGGCUAAAAACCAUUUUAUUUUUUAUUUCCAAUGAGAGUGAAUAAUUUUUCAAUCAAUGCCCCAAACUUUUGCAUAUUCAUGCUGGUCAUCUAACAAAAUUAUUAAUAUAAACAAAACAUGAGUAAUGCGCCCAAAAAUGGCACUGACCCAUCUUGCCCCGCCCCACCCUACAUUAGUUUCUAAAGACCAGGUUUACCAAAAAUGUUUCGAUAUUUUUCUACCGAUUUUUUUAUGAUAUUCAACAAAAAAAUCGUGAAAAAAUCAGACACAGUGACAUCAGUUUCAAUAAUAUGUUCAUAUAGAUUCUAUUUCCUUGUUAUAGAAAGGACCUUUUCAACUAACUCUAAUCCUAAAUUUCGUGUAAGAAGGGGAAAUUAACACCAGCGAUAGUAGAGUUAGUAAGUUUUUUUUUUAAUCAUAAUUUAUGAAAUCAGGAAAUCUAUAAGAUUCGUAUCAAGUUAUACGGGAAAUUACAUAUUCUCGGCCGUUUUGUUCUCUUCGUCUUGGGGGGGUUUUUUGAACCCUAUUGAAUUCAGAGUUGGCCUCAAAUCCUUCCCACCUAAGCUGAAUGAUAUGGCCAAGUUUCAGGCAAUUUGGUUGACAAAAACCUCCCAUGACGAAGAGAACAAACCUGCCGAUAAUACCCAAUGUCACCCUAGACCAAAAUAAAACUGUAUGAAAAAAAUACACUGAGGAGCGUCCUACUACAGUGACCCCACACCGAUGAAUCACCUUAAUUUUGUACACUAUUUAUGAAUCACCGUGUUGAUCAAAUGAGUGAUCCAUAAACUGUGGUCAUUUUUGCCGAUUCAUAAAUUGUGGGGUCACUGUACAACAAUAAUUUGCGUUCGUACAUACUCGGGAAGUUAGCCCAUACCCGGGAAAAAUCCGGGAAUCGGAAAACU